UAUUCUUUAAUCAUUGAGAUUUUAUCCUCCAUUGAUGUGAGGUCGACAGAUCUUUUAACGCACAACCACUCCUAUUGAACCUGUAUGGUAAAAAGGUCUGGAGAGCAGCUUAUUUUGAGUAAAUUUAGUUGGACUUAAUUAAGAAAUUAGUGAUCAACACUCAGAUCUGAGUAAUGCAACUAAACGUUGAUCACUUUAGCAUUGAGCUAACCUUAAAUCGCAGUGUAUUUUCACUCAGACUUGAUUACAUAUUUAAGAAAUUGUGUUUUAAUGGGAAAAACAACAAGCGGUAUUGAUCAUGUUGUUUCUCUUGCGGAGGUAAUAACCACUCCGGACGCUGAGCGGAAGCCUCUGGCCUGCUGCCUGGGAGGAGAAGUGUUUAUGAGGACCAGAAGAGGAAGGAAGCGGGACAAACUUGAUCUUUCUAGAUGGGAGACACGUUCUCCUACAAGUGCUGAAAAACAACCUUUCCCCCACCCAAAGAGAGAGAAAUGCAGCCGACAGAUGUGCAGGAACUCCCCCAACACACACACACGUAUACACCCCCCCACAUGCAUACACACAGAGCUCUGAAUACAUCCUGCGAGACUGCACAGAGACAGGGAUGAAAACGCCGGUGCAGGACAUCCGUCAGUGACAUAAAGCAAGAGGGAGACACUGAUGGAGAGGGCAGGUAGUCAUGGAGCGAGGGGACAAAGGUCAAGAGGUCACGAAUAGCUGAAAAACAAGCGGAAAGAUGAGACCAAGAGAAAGAGGACUGUAGAGUUGCGAUAAAAAAGAAUCCUGCCAUGUCCGGUCCCACCUGGCUGCCGCCGAGGACUCUGGACAGCCCAGAGCGAUCCGUCCCCCAGAUGUCCCACUCUGCACCGAUCUACCAAACCGUCAACAAGAAGGGCGUGACCGACUUCAGGCCAAAAUACUCUCCCUACGACCAGAACGGAGGAGCGGGGAUGACCAACAGGUACAUGGCGACUGGACCCACAGGUGGGCCCGUUCAUCACUCCAGUGAUCACUAUUACUCUCCGCCUCCCGGCCCCAAAGACGAUCGAGGCUGGAGCUCUCACAUGGACGGCUAUGACAUGAUGCACCGUGGCUCUGAAACACCCGCCAACUACCACUCCAAGAUUGAUGCCGACAUCGACUCCCUCACCAGUAUGCUGGCCGAUCUGGACAGCCACCCACAGGACGCCAGCAACCAACUCUAUGACAACGUGCCUUACAACAAAUACAUCUCAGCGGAUCACUACAAGUCUGCGCACCAGAGCGCAGCCUCCACUCAGGGUCGGCCGUCCAUGGGCUACAACUCUCACCCCCAGAGUCCGUAUCACCCGGCCCCUCCGUAUCCCGGCGAGCACGCGGCCCCCCAGUACUCCCACCAGCAGGACUUCUACUCCACUUCCACCCCAAAGCCGUUUCCGCAGCCCGUCCCGGCCUCCUACACCACCGCCUCCACGCCCACCGGGCCCAGGUUCAGCGUCCAGGUCAAGACGGCGCAGCCCGUCACCUACUCGCAGACGGGACGGCAGGCGGAGCAGGCCCACACCCCACCCCCUCCCCGUCAGCACGUGUCGCCGCGGCCCCCGGCCCAGACCCAGACGGGUCAGCAGGGCUGGUACCCGCCGCACCCGGCCUCGCAGGUCCAGGAGCUGCACUCUGAGGGGGGCUACAAGGGCAACAACCCGGGGCCCAGAGGAAGAGUUAACCAGGUUCCUCUGUCAAAGAGAGGGAUAGAGAAGACCCAGACGGCGCAGACGCCUUCCUAUCAGUCCAGCAAGCAGGGGGCAGCACCAUCGAGGCCUGAGGAGGAACUGGACCGGAUCACCAAGAAGCUGGUUUACGAUAUGAACCACCCGCCUGCAGAGGACUAUUUUGGUCGCUGCGCUCGCUGCGGGGACAACGUGGUGGGUGACGGCAGCGGCUGCAUCGCCAUGGAGCAGGUGUUCCACGUGGAGUGCUUCACGUGCAUCACCUGCCACGCCCGGCUGCGAGGCCAGCCGUUCUACGCCCUGGACAAGAAGAGCUACUGUGAGAAAUGUUACAUCAGCACGUUAGAGCGCUGCUCUAAAUGCUCAAAGCCCAUUCUGGACCGGAUCCUGCGGGCCAUGGGGAAGGCCUACCACCCUCGCUGCUUCACCUGCGUGGUCUGUAACUGCUGCCUGGACGGCGUGCCGUUCACCGUGGACGCCACGUCUCAGAUACACUGCAUAGACGACUUCCACAGGAAGUACGCCCCUCGCUGCUCUGUUUGCGGCGAGCCCAUCAUGCCCGAACCGGGCCAGGAGGAGACGGUCAGGAUCGUAGCCCUGGACCGCAGCUUCCAUGUUCACUGCUACGUUUGUGAGGAAUGCGGCCUCCUGCUGUCGUCUGAAGGCGAAGGUCGAGGCUGCUACCCGCUGGAUGGACACAUCCUGUGUAAGAGCUGCAGCGCCCGACGCAUCCAGGACCUCUCGGCCAAAAUCUCCACCGACUGCUAGCGGAGCUCCUAACGUUUUCAGCCUCCUCCUCCUCUUUGACGCACCCAGACCCAGUCCGCGUGUUGAGAAUGGCACAAACGCAUCCCCGCAGCGUUCAGACAUCGUUAUCGUCCCCCUCUCUCCCCCGUCGUCUUUGUUGUUACCGACAGUCGGUAUUGCAGUGAAAUCACACCGUUUUUGUCGCUCUUGGUGCGUCGUCGAUCAUGUUUAGCUCAGAUUAGUACGACGGUGGCCUGACCUGCAGGCAGCUUGGGCUCCACUCUCCCCUUUUUUCUUUUUUCCCCAUUUCGGUACAAAUUAUAUCUCAGUUUUAGCACAAUAUCAUCUCAUGGGACUUGCACAAAUUAUGAUAAUCAGAAAAAAACUACAUUUUUGUAAAAAAAAAAAACACAAUCGAAGUACUGAAAUGCCUCACAGUUAAAAAGCACAAAGUACAACGUAAUACUGUGAUUGUACAUAUCGCACUGGUUUGGUUUGUAGCCUUUAGAGCAGUGAAUUUUGCUAUGAAGUCAUUUACCUCCUAGUACAAGAAAUGUAGACGAGACGAAUGUGCAGUUUAAAAACAACCAGUUUUCACUCCUUAAGCUUCUUUAGAACCCUAAAACGCUCCAGGUCGGAUUGUCUGUCCUCGCAGGAUUGUGUCAUUUAGCUCCUAAAGUGAUCUUGAAUGUUUUAAGAAACGACAUUAAGUUUGUUUUUUUUGUGUGCGUGUUUGACGUUGUUUUGUUGAUGCUUUUGCCUGUUACAUUAGAAAUGGAGGUGCAAUGACAAAUGCUUCCGUCUUCCAAAGGAAACGGGGCGAAGGUCACUUCUGUAAAGCCUCACGAGUUCAACGAUGUGCCAUUAAGAGCAAAACCCGCUCGUCUAAAACUAUUUCUACAGAAAUGUUAAAAUUAUACCCAAUUUAUAGGGGUUGAAGUGUGUUUCUUUUUCUAGGAUUGAUAUAAAAGUUAAUGAAGAACUUA